ACCGCGAAAAAAAAAGAAAAAUCCGAAAUGGCCGCUACUAGUGGCCUUGGCCUCUCCACCUCUUUCCUCCCCGGCCACGACACGCUCCUCCGGCGCCGGCGCCGGCGGCCGGCGAGCCCCGCAGCCGCGUCGUUCCGGCCGGUGAAGGCGGAGCUCGGCGGCGUCGCGACGGCGCUGGGGCGGCAGCUGGUGGAGGCGGUGGGCGUGGGGCUCCCCUGCACCGUCAUGCAGUGCGGCGACGUCAUCUACCGCAGCACGCUGCCCCACAACGACGGGCUCACCAUCACGGCCCCCGGCGUCGCGCUCGCUCUCGCCGCCGUGUCGUACCUCUGGGCCACACCCGGCGUGGCGCCGGGGUUCUUCGACAUGUUCGUGCUCGCCUUCGCCGAGCGCCUCUUCCGCCCUACCUUUCGCAAGGACGACUUCGUGCUCGGGAAAAAGCUUGGGGAGGGCGCGUUCGGGGUUGUGUGCAAGGCGUCACUCGCGAACCCCGAAGCCGCGGAGAAGCAAGGGGAUGUGGUUGUGAAGAAGGCAACAGAGUAUGGUGCAGUUGAGAUUUGGAUGAAUGAGCGUGUCAGGAGGGCUUGCGCUAGUAGUUGCGCGGAUUUUCUUUAUGGAUUUCGCGAGAGCAAAGCGAAAGGGAAGGGGGCUGAAGAAUAUUGGCUUAUUUGGCGUUUUGAAGGCGAGGAUACACUUUAUGAUCUCAUGCAAAGCAAGGAAUUCCCUUACAAUGUGGAGACGAAGAUUCUUGGUGAUGUCCAGGACUUGCCAAAGGGAAUAGCAAGAGAGAAUAAGAUCAUUCAAACAGUAAUGAGACAACUCUUAUUUGCUCUUGAUGGACUUCAUUCGACGGGGAUUGUUCACAGAGACAUAAAACCUCAAAAUGUGAUAUUUUCAGAGGGAUCGAGAACCUUCAAAAUUAUCGAUCUUGGAGCAGCAGCUGACUUAAGAGUAGGCAUCAACUACAUUCCCAAAGAGUUCCUUUUGGAUCCAAGGUAUGCUGCACCAGAGCAAUAUAUCAUGAGCACACAAACACCGUCCGCUCCUUCUGUUCCAGUUGCAACAACUUUGUCUCCAGUCCUGUGGCAGCUGAAUCUUCCUGACAGAUUUGACAUAUAUAGCUUGGGUCUCAUAUUCUUACAGAUGGCAUUUCCUUCUUUACGAACUGACAGCAGCCUUAUACAAUUCAACCGCCAACUGAAGAGGUGCGAUUACGACUUAGAAGCUUGGAGGAAUCUGGUGGAGCCACGAGCGUCCACUGAGCUUCGGAGGGGCUUUGAGAUCAUGGAUCUAGACAAUGGCAUUGGAUGGGAACUCCUCACGUCGAUGGUCCGGUACAAAGCGCGGCAAAGGAUUAGUGCUAAGGCCGCAUUGGCACACCCAUACUUCAACCGUGAAGGGCUUCUUGGCCUCUCUGUCAUGCAAAACGUACAGCUGCAACUGUUCCGGGCAACCCAGAAGGACUACAGUGAAGCAGCUCGAUGGGUUAUCGGCCUCAUGGCAAGGUCAGGAACUGAAGAUGUGGGAGGCUUUACAGAAGCACAGCUUCAAGAGCUUAGGGAAAUAAAGCCAAAGAAAGGCAGCGCCCAGCGGAACGUGCUGGCCUCCGUGCUGCGCGUGCAGAGGAAGAUCGUGACAACGAUCAAAGAGAGCAUGGACGAGCUCACCAGCCAGCGCAAAAGCAUCUGGUGGAGCCGGUGGAUACCGAGGGAGUAGUAGGCUGGCGCACCUGUACAUUGCCCUAUUCUUCCGUAUAAAACGUCGCCCAUUAGCACUGGACCACUGGUCAUGGUACAAUAUACAAUACUGCUUACUUCGUACAUGCUGGAGACUGGUGAGUACAAUUUGUCUGAAAGACUGAAGUAACACGAUGUAUAGAUGUAAAUAUUUUGCGCUUGCAAUGAAGCAUCAUAUAAUUUUUUGAGAUC